CGUCCUUCGAUGUCGCUCAACAUCCUCGUAGUCGGAGCAGGCCUUGCUGGUCCCGCUCUUGCCUCUCUUCUCCAACGUUCAUCUAUCACAAGUGCCCAUCAUAUCACCGUGGUAGAACGAAACCCUUCACUUCGAACCGCCGGUCAGCAGAUUGACAUCAAAGCGCAAGGUAUUCCCAUAUUGAAGAAGAUGAAUUUAUUGAAGACCAUGCGACAACAUUGCGUGGCUGAAACCGGGUUCGAAUUCCUGGAUAAGAACGACAAUAUGAUCGCGCAAUUCGGCGUGAAUCCAGUCGACAAGAGAGGCUUCGGCCUGACAAGCGAAUAUGAGAUCAUGAGGGGGGAUAUGGUCAAGGUGUUGUAUGAUGACAGCCUUUCGCAAAGAGCAGAAGUGGAGAAAGAACAGUCCCAAUCCACGAGGGGAUCAUUGACCUACGAAUUCGACAAGAGCAUCGAAACGCUUGAGCAAUCCGCCUCCCACGCUGAAGUCACUUUCUCGGAUGGCCAAAGGAAACGUUACGAUCUUGUUGUUGCAGCCGAUGGACAAGCUUCUCGCACAAGGCGUCUUGCGUUCGGAAAGGAAAUUAGCGACGCAUCGUUCAGAUCUAUGGGUCUUCACACUGGCUAUUUCGACGUCCCACGUCUACCCAACGAGAACAGUGUGGCUCGAGGUCAUUCCGCGCAGCAGCGCUUGUUCAUCACGCGACCCAGUGGUCGUCCAGUGACGGGUGUGUAUAUCUUCACUAAGAAAGAUUUUGAAGGUUUGCGCGGGUCUUACGAUCAAUCCAUCGAGAAGCAAAAAGAGAUCUGGAUACGCAAUCUGGACGGUUUGGAAUGGCAGAAAGAGCGAUUCGCAGAAGGAAUCAGAAAUUGCACUGAUUUUUAUGCGCAUGAGCAGGGUCAGGUGAGGAUGGAAAAGUUGUACAAAGGGCGUGUUGUACUUUUGGGUGAUUCGGGUUAUUGCCCUUCACCUUUUACUGGACUAGGGACGACAAGCGCACUGAUUGGUGCCUAUGUUCUUGCCGGCGAACUCGCACGGAACGGUACAAACGUCGACGCUGCACUGGAAAACUACCAGAAGCUGGCGAAGCCGCCCGUUACGGCGCUGCAGCAUCUACCCACGGAAAACAUGGGAUUUUUGUUUCCAUCGAGUCGGCUCGGUGUGUGGGUAUUGAGUAGUGUUAUGAGAGCUAUAUACAAGCUGGGGAUCGACAAGAUGAUGCCGGAUAUUAUGGAUAGUGCUGGAGGGACCAAGUGGUCACUACCCGAGUAUCCCGAGAUGAAAUUCAACGCUGAUGAACCAUCGACUUGA